AUGGGUGCUUAUAAAAACUUAUAUGUGCUGUUGUUGCUGAGUAAUUUUAUGCUACUUGUGCAUGGUACAUAUUAUAACGAAGAUAAAACAUGUAGAUCAAGAAGUACCAACAAUUCAGUGAUUUGCGUGUGUACUGCGGACUAUUGUGAUACAAUCACAAGGGAGGUGCCUGUAACAGGUCGUUACUUCGCGUAUACGUCAUCACAGGGUGGACUUAGAUUCUCCAAAAGUACGGGUGUAUUACAAAAGCACACUGACGAUAAAUCCAAUCCGACAUUGGUACUAGAUCCCACGAUACAAUAUCAAAGUAUAGAAGGAUUUGGUGGAGCAGUCACAGAUUCGUUCGGCAUAAACUGGCUGGCACUGAACAAUGAAACGCUCAAGUCACAUCUUAUAAAUUCAUAUUUUGGUGCCAAUGGUAUAGAAUACAACAUGAUACGGACGCCGAUCGGUGGCAGCGAUUUUUCGACUCAUCCAUACACAUUGCAGGACUCUCCAGAAAACGAUUUAAAAUUGAGCAACUUCUCACUAGUUGAAGAGGAUUAUAAAUAUAAGAUACCCGCGAUUAAAGCAUGUAUCGAUGCAGCCACCGCUCCUGUCCACAUUGUGGCUUCGUGCUGGUCACCUCCAGUAUGGAUGAAGCAUGUACACAAUAUAACAGGAACCAGUCGGCUCAAGAAAGAAUAUACACAGCCCUAUGCCGAUUAUCAUUUGAAAUUUCUGGAUAGUUAUGCCAAGGAGAACAUAUCAAUUUGGGCUCUGACCACUUCAAAUGAACCGCUCAGUGGAAUCAUGUCAUUGGGCUCAGUGAACAGACUCGGCUGGACCACAAGGGGCAUGGGUCUGUGGAUAGCCAACAACUUGGGACCCACGAUAAGGAAUUCGGCUUAUAAAAAUAUUACUAUUCUUGCCGGCGAUGAUCAGCGCUUUUCUAUAGUAAUGUGGUACAAUGUGGUAAUUGAAGAGGUUCCUGAAGCUGACAAAUACAUCGAUGGUAUAGCGGUGCACUUCUACUUUGACGAUUUAACACCACCUGAACAACUUACCAGGGCGAUAGAGGGACAUCCUGGAAAAUAUGUAAUCGCUACCGAAGCCUGCACUGGUGUUACCUCAGAUCAGCCCGUUCUUCUGGGGUCGUGGGACAGAGCUAAGAAGUACAUCAAUAGUAUUCUAGAGGAUCUCAAUUACAACGUAGUAGGCUGGAUUGACUGGAACAUGGCUCUGAAUGAACAAGGUGGUCCAACAUAUGUGAGCAACUUCAUAGAUGCUCCCAUCAUUGUAUUCCCAGAUAAAGGGGAAUUCGUCAAACAGCCUAUGUUCUACGCCAUGGGUCAUUUCUCCAAGUUCGUACCAAGAGGCUCUAAGAGAAUUAAUGUUAAAGCCACCUAUCCUGAUUCAACUCCUUUGGCUAAUAUCGCAUUUCUUACCCCAAGAAAUACUAUUGUCGUCGUGCUGCAUAAUGAAGUAAAUCAAGCUAGAGCUGUUAGAAUCCAACUGGGCCAACUAGAUGCACUAGUGUAUGUUGAAGCUCAGUCUAUUGUCACUGUAGAGUUUCCUUAUUCUCAGUAA